AGCAGUACAAUCUCAUAUUUUAAAAUGCAUUUAUUACAUCUUUUUGCACUGGAUCCAGUCGAAAUGUAAAAGGUGAUUAUCGUGUGACUUGUCUCCUGUACUAUCGCGAUAGGACAGCUGUCGUACAUACGAGAACUAUAAUGCCAUCUCGGGGAAUGUUUUGAUUCCGUGUUUGCGAAAGUCGGAGCUGAAAUAGAAAACAAAAUGCCGCCGUAUAAAUUCACUCCGCUGUGUAUGUAACCAGUUUUGUUGGAGGGCGGAGGGGAAAGGCUGGCAUCUUACAUAUAUAUAUAUAUAUAUUUCUUCUAAUAUUAAUAAAACGGUUCAAUAACAGAUUAAUCGAUAUGAAAGAUUCCUGGCCGGUUUUAGUAAAUACUUAUCGUGUAAAGAGCGGCACAUCCGGUUUUUAGACUUUCAGGUUGGGGAUCGAUUUUUUUUUUUCUCUUUUGAAAAAUUAAAUCAAUAUUUAAACAUUUUUUAUUGAAAUAUUUUAUAUAAAAUGUAACUUUUUUAUUAUUAUUACAUCAACAACACUGUGUGGAAGAAAACAAACAUUGUGAACACACUAGAGUGAAACCUGGUGGCGGCACCAUCAUAAUGUGGGGAUGGGUUGCGUCAACAGGGCCAAGGAAAACCGGUCAGAGUAAUGAAGAGGCUGAAUGGAGUUAAAUGGAAAAAAAUAUAAAAAAUGCUGGAGGAAAAACCGCAAAACACUUGAGAAAAUAAGGAGGUUUCCAUGGCAGCAGGCGAUCAGGGGGCUGAAUACAAAUGCACACUUUUGGAACGUGAUCCUCCAGAACCAGAACCAAACGUGGAGAAGCAGCAUUUGGACUUUAUGCUCCACAAAUCUGAAACCAACUUCCAGAAGAAAAAAAACCCGCAAAACUGUCGAAACAGGCUAAAACACACCGACUCAGUGAUGCCUUCGAUUAAUAACAGCUGGAACUUCGACCAAGGCAUUUGCUCAAUAAUGGAAAUUUGACAAAAUGUAACGUCGGUAAAUUGCUUGUUUAAAAAAUGAGUCGCUGCGUCACGUCGCGGAAAUGUUGAUGUUGAUCAACUUCACCGCUUCUCGCGGGUCGCUCAAAAAUACAAACGUCUAAAGUUGCAACACGAAGUCUGAAAGAAUCUUAAACGGUAUUCAUGAAUGCGAAGCGGGUCGACAGAGACUCCACUUGUUCGUCGCGUUGUCGCACUCGAAUCCUUCUGGACUCUGAUCGGAUCCCGAAGUUUUGUUCGAAACCUCGCAUCACCCGGAAGACGCGCGCCGGGUCUCCUUUCCUCAACAGGAGCUCCUCCGCCCGCUUUCCGUCACACCUACGGCCACUUUCACGCUGAUUGAAUGGAGACGAGAAGGGGGAAAAAAAACAAAAACCAAGCAAAACCCCCCCCCCUAAAAUCUGCUGGUCGUAAUCUGGUGUGACGCCACUAAUCCCAGCACCAUAAAAUCCCAGGUCCCUUCCACCUCUGGUCCACACGGACCGCCGCUGCUCUCCGCCUUCUCCUCCAUAUCUGCGUCAGGAAUUCACUAAAUCCCUGGUUUUCUGCAGGACGUGCAAAGCCGAUCGGAAGAGCAGGAAGCAUGGCUGUAGUCAGUGGAACUUACCGCAUGGUGUCGGAGGAGGAGCAGGCGCUCAGGGCCAAGCUGGAGCAUCUCACCAUCAAGGACCACGGCGCCGUGUUUGGACCCUGCGCCAGCCUGCCAGACCACACCAGGCAGAAGGCCAAAGAUGAGCUGAACGAGACGGAUGAGAAGCGCGUGUCGGCAGCGAAGGAGCUCCGAGGUAUCAUUAAGGAGAAGGCGGAGGCCGGAGAUGACCUGGCCAAGGGGGUGCAGGACACCUUUGGGGAGAAACCAGACAGUCUGCUGGUCCGCUUUAUCCGCGCCAGGAAGUACGACGUGCCCAGAGCCUUUGACCUCAUGAAGGGAUAUGUCCGCUUCCGGAAGGAUUACCCCGAGCUGUUUGAGAACCUGACCCCAGAGGCCGUGCGCAGCACCAUCGAGGCCGGCUACCCCGGCAUCCUCCCCAGCAGAGACAAAUACGGACGCGUGGUUCUGCUGUUCAACAUCGAGAACUGGGACUACGAGGAGAUCACCUUUGACGAGAUUCUGCGCGCCUACUGCGUGAUCCUCGAGAAGCUGCUGGAGAACGAGGAGACUCAGAUCAACGGCUUCUGCAUCAUUGAAAACUUCAAGGGCUUCACCAUGCAGCAGGCGUCAGGGAUCAAACCCACCGAGCUCAAGAAGAUGGUGGACAUGUUGCAGGACUCCUUCCCAGCCCGUUUCAAGGCCGUGCACUUCAUCCACCAGCCCUGGUACUUCACCACCACCUACAACGUGGUGAAGCCCCUCAUGAAGAGCAAGCUGCUAGAGAGAGUGUUCGUUCAUGGAGACGAGCUGGAAAACUACUACAAGGAGUUUGACCCCGAAAUUCUUCCGUCCGAGUUUGACGGAAAAGGUUCCAAGUACGACGGCAAGGCCACGGCGAGCAAGCUGUUCGACUAGUCGUCGUAGAAACCUGUCGCCCAGCAGUCUGACAGCUGUAAUGCAGUGGAGAAAAAAAUGUAACAGAAUAAUCCAGCUGUGUGGAUGUAGGAAGAAUAGUUACGAAUGAAACAUAGGAAAGUGUGUGAAAGGCUGACGAAGAAUCCGUUUUCCAGAUGUUCUGACAAAACCCAGUCCUACAGAAAGGGGGCAGUACCGAGCUGAUACCUUAGCUUUCUCUAACUCAUGAAUUUUGAGCAGAAAUUACAAAUGGUUUUGUAAUUUAACAAAUCUUUUACCCAAAACAGAUGGCAAUUUAAAUUCACACGGAA